AGAGCAUCAAAGGAAGGAAGAGGUGAGCGUUGACGAGGCGGAGACAGAAACAGAAACUCAAAUCCAGAAGCGACCAACUCACCAUCACAACAAGACCUCGGUGGGGAUCGCAAUCCCUGUGACUCUGCCAGGUUCAAAGUUUCCAUAUUCCCUUUCGACGAGCCCAAAACGACAACGUUUAAAGCUCGCGUUUUGGAUGAGAGCCAAGCCCCGCAGUGGCACAAUUUAGGGUUUUGAAAGUUGGUUAGGGGAAAUGGCGUAUAGGAGGAAGCAGCAGGCGUCGGGGUUUCGAUUCGAAGAAGGGGAAGAAUCCAGAAAUUGGAAUUCUGUUUUUCCACCGCCGUCAUCGUCGGCGGAGGAGGCGGAGGACGAUUCGCUUGCCGCCAAAGCUAUAAGAGCGUCUUCGGCUCACCGGGACUCUUCUCUGUCCUCUGCUUAUGCUGCUCGCGGCGUUCAUUCUGGCUCUCACAUGUCCCCUUCAGCUCAUCUGUCCCCUUCACCUCCUCAGUUUUCGAAAUCAAUUCCGACCGUCUCGACUCCUGCUUCACUUCCCUCUCCAACCCAGCCACACGAGUAUACGUCGAUGAAGAAUUUGAAUGAAUCGAAAAAUGGGUUCUGGAGUUCUCUGGCUAGAAAAGCAAAAGCCAUUCUUGACGACGAUGAAGAUGAUAAUGCAGCUCAAACAUAUGAUUCUCCUGGAAGAGCAAGGGUAGAAACGCCCCCUACACUGACAAGGGGUAAGAAUUAUGAUCCAAAUCCAUCCGUUGAAAGCCGGGGAAAGACAGAAAAUCCGACAAUGCAGAAGGGAUUGGGUGCAUUUACAUCAUCCCUUAAUUAUAUCAGUGGCACCAUUGGCAGUGCCUUAGAGGAGGGUCGUACCAUUGUUGAGAAAGGCACUGCAGACAUCAUUCAAGAAACUCGUAAGCAUAUUAGGAAAAAGCCGCAAAAUCAGGCACCAAAAUCAGAAUAUCAGUCACUAGCUGACCUCGAACUUCAACUCAAGGCAUCUCGCGACGUUGCUAUGGCAAUGGCUGCCAAAGCAAAACUUCUCCUUCGGGAGUUGAAAACUGUAAAAGCAGACCUUGCUUUUGCAAAGGAGCGAUGUGCUCAGCUGGAGGAAGAAAGCAAAAUCCUUCGGGAAAAUCGUGACAGGGGAGACAGUCCUGAAGACGAUGACUUGAUACGGCUUCAAUUAGAAACACUUUUGGCAGAAAAGGCAAGACUGGCACAUGAGAAUUCAGUUUAUGCACGUGAAAAUCGCUUCUUAAGGGAGGUUGUUGAAUAUCACCAGCUCACGAUGCAGGACGUUAUAUACUUGGAUGAGGGAACGGAAGAAGUUACAGAAGUUUAUCCCAUCAAGGUCAUCCCUUCUCAGUCAUCACCACCCUCUGAAGUACAGGGUGUCUCCCCAAGGUAUACCCUAUGAUGGCAGGUUAUCAAAGGAUUACUAGAAUGUUUUCUUUGAUCUCCAAGGGAUUUGUUAUGUAGUUCUGUACUAUACAAAGGCCUAAAGUUGUAGCAAUAUGAUUUCUUGGUUGUAUUAUACUUUCAGCAACUUAGUAUCAGUCCGUCCAAGGGUAUGGCUGGUAUGUGAUGUAAUACUUCUUCUCCCCCAAGUCUUUAGCUACAAAGGCGUUUCACCGCCUGUAACCUACGAUGUUAAUUUGUUUCGUGCUUGGGAGUUGAAACUUUUGUUGCAUUUUGACGAUGGGGCAUGUAACAGGAAAAUGGAUGCAAUUCCUCGGCAAAUUUCACACAGUUUCGGACAAUGUUAAGAAGCAAUUACGGACUUACGGUCAUGACGGUUGAGGCAGGAAUGUUAUCUGCUUAUAUACGGUCAUGAUGGUUGUGUGCAACCAGGUGAAUUCACAGUGAAGAAAAUUACACAAAAGGGACCAGACAUGCUCAUCCCCUUCACGUGUAUAUCUGAAAAUUGAAUGCUCCUUCUGGUUUGAUCACAUGAAGUGAAGGGUUUUAGUACUCCUGGUCUUGAUUUGUGAAUCAACAAACCAAAUCCUCCUUAACACCACUUUCCAUGUGACAUUUUACCAAAAGCAUUUAUAAAUCACCUGAAGCAUGUCCGAGUGUUGCCAUUGAUGUCAUCUCAAGUGCUGUGUUUGGCACUUGUCGGUCGACAACAUUGUUGUCCUUCCCACCAAAUAUUUCACUUUCCUUAAUCACCUCAUCCCAUACUUCUU